GCAGCCGGGCGCGCAGGAUCCCGAGAGCCCGAGAGCUAGCGAGCGCGGCUGCGGCCUCCCCUGCGCGCGGCGACCCGGCGUCCGACCCGCGGCCCCGCUGUUCCCGGGGCCCGCAGCCCUGCGGCAGGGAUGCAUCAUGGCCACGCUGGCCUGCCGGGUGCAGUUCUUGGACGACACGGACCCUUUCAACAGCACCAACUUUCCCGAGCCCAGCCGGCCGCCGCUGUUCACGUUCCGCGAGGACCUCGCGCUCGGCACCCAGCUGGCCGGGGUCCACCGGCUGCUGCGGGCGCCGCACAAGCUGGAUGAUUGUACCCUGCAGCUCUCGCACAAUGGCACCUACUUGGACCUGGAGGCCACCCUAGCAGAGCAGCGGGAUGAGUUGGAAGGCUUCCAGGAUGACGCUGGGCGGGGCAAGAAGCACAGCAUCAUCCUGAGGACACAGCUGUCUGUGAGGGUCCACGCUUGCAUUGAAAAACUGUACAACUCCAAUGGACGGGAUUUAAGAAGGGCCCUUUUCUCCUUGAAGCAGAUAUUUCAGGAUGACAAAGAUUUGGUGCAUGAAUUUGUCAUGGCUGAAGGUCUGACAUGUUUGAUCAAGGUGGGAGCUGAGGCUGAUCAGAACUAUCAGAACUACAUCCUGAGGGCUUUGGGCCAGAUUAUGUUGUACGUGGAUGGGAUGAAUGGAGUAAUUAACCACAAUGAAACCAUCCAGUGGCUCUAUACGCUCAUUGGAUCAAAGUUCCGCCUGGUGGUGAAGACAGCCCUGAAGCUGCUGCUCGUCUUUGUGGAGUACUCGGAGUCCAAUGCACCUCUUCUCAUUCAGGCUGUCUCUGCUGUUGACACCAAGAGAGGCAUCAAACCCUGGACGAAUAUCAUGGAAAUUCUGGAGGAGAAAGAUGGAGUUGACACGGAGCUGCUCGUUUAUGCGAUGACUUUGGUGAACAAGACGCUGGCAGGAUUACCAGAUCAAGACACCUUCUACGACGUGGUCGACUGCCUGGAGGAGCUGGGCAUUGCUGUGGUGUCCCAGAGACACUUGAACAAGAAGGGCACUGACCUGGAUCUAGUGGAGCAAUUUAACAUUUAUGAGGCGGCGCUCAGGCAUGAGGAUGGUGACGAGACAGCAGAGCCACCCCCAAGUGGGCUCCGGGAUCGACGGAGAGCCAGCCUGUGUUCCAGUGGCACCGGCGGUGAGCACCAGGGCCUGGACCGCAGGAGGAGUCGCAGGCAUUCAGUGCAGAACAUCAAGAGCCCGUUGUCAGCUCCCGCCAGCCCCUGCUCCCUGUCAGCUCCCAUCUGCAAGCCCAGCCAAGUGCGAGAUCUCUGUGAAAAGGAUGAUGAUGAGGAGGAGAUUGAGGAAGAGGAGCAGCCAGUCACGGAACCCAAUUCAGAGGAAGAGAGGGAGGACGAAGCCCAAUGUCAGGGCAAGGACAGGAAAGUGAGCCCUGCUCCUGAGCAGAGCCCCACUGGGAACGGUGCUGCUCUGGACAGCCCUGCCCUCUCGGCCACCUCCAGCAUCAGCUUGCAGGGAGAUCAGUUUCCGGCCAACGCUGCCCAGGGGAUUGCCCUGCACAGUGGGUCUUCCGGGCCUGAGGCCCCGCAGCCAGCACUUCUGCCACCCCCGAGCCUGGCCUCAACCACUCGACCCACCUCUUCCACACUGAAGGUGUCACCAGCCAUAGACAAGUUGCCCUACGUUCCGCACAGCCCCUUCCACCUCUUCUCCUAUGACUUUGAGGAUUCGCCCUUAUCCACCAAGGAAAAGGAAGUAGAGUCCCAAAAGGAGAGCAGCUCUCCUGACUCUGUCCCUUUGGGCACACAUGCUGCCUCAGAGCCUUACAACUUCCGGUCCUUCUCUUCUAAUAGAUAUAGCAACUUUGGCAGCAACACUUUCCACUCCUCGAGACCCUCAUCUGGAUCCAGUGUGACCCCCACACCGUCGUCACCUCUGUCACCCCCACAGGAGGCCAAGCUGGAAAGGUCGUCACUGAGUGGUCUUCUCACAUCAUCCUUUAGGCAACACCAGGAGUCACUGGCCGCAGAGAGAGAGAGGCGGCGACAGGAGAGAGAGGAGAGGCUGCAACGGAUAGAACGAGAGGAAAGAAACAAAUUCAACCGAGAAUAUUUAGACAAAAGAGAAGAACAAAGACAAGCCAGAGAAGAAAGAUACAAAUACUUGGAGCAGUUGGCAGCUGAGGCACACGGGAAGGAGCUGAGAAGCCAGAGUGCGAGCCAGGGCAGAGCUGACCUCUGCUUGGACUUGACCUCGCCAGCAGCCCCUGCCUCGCCUGUCCCUGGGAGCCAGAGCCCUCCAUCUGCAGACGCACAGAUCACUUUCGCAGUGUCCUCCUCCGGAACACCUCAGCAUUCCCAAGCAGUAAGUGCCCAGGAUCCUGAGACAGACGCUGAGGCAGGACAGGCUGCCCAUGAAGCCGACCAGAACAUAGCCUGUGCACAAGGACGAGCGGAAAGAGAAGGGGAGCGGGGCCUGGAACAAGAGCCAGAAGAGAGACUUCCCCUCAGUGAGAAGGAGAGGCAGAACGAAGAGGUGAACGAGAGGGACAACUGCUCCGCCUCCAGCAUCUCAUCCUCCAGUAGCACAUUGGAGAGGGAGGAGAAGGAGGAUAAGCUCUCCAGGGACAAGGCAGCUGGGUUGUGGUCCGCAGGCCUUCAGGAUGUGGGUGUAAAUGGACAGUGUGGCGACAUCCUCACCAACAAACGGUUCAUGCUGGACAUGCUGUAUGCCCAUAACAGAAAGUCCACGGAUGAUGAAGAGAAGGGCGAGGGUGAGACCAGGAGAACUGACCAAGAGGUGGACACAGUGGCCAGCCUUGCCACCAGGAUAUCAACCUUGCAGGCCAACUCUCAGGCCCCGGAGGAGAGUGUCAGGAGGGUGGCUGUAGGCUGUCUGGACAACCGGGGCAGUGUGAAAGCAUUUGCAGAGAAAUUCAACAGCGGGGAUCUGGGGAGAAGUUCCAUCUCUCCUGAUGCUGAAUCCAAUGACAAGGUCCCAGAGCCAUCACCCACACAGCUGAAGACUGAGUCAGAUUAUAUCUGGGACCAGCUCAUGGCCAAUCCAAGGGAGCUCAAAAUCCAAGAUAUGGACUUUACCGACCUGGGGGAGGAAGAUGACAUUGAUGUCCUGGAUGUGGACCUGGGUCACAGAGAGACUCCAGGGCUACCUCCCCCACCCCCACCCACCUUUCUGGGUUUGCCACCUCCACCCCCUCCACCCCUGUUGGACAGCGUGCCUCCUCCUCCUCUCCCUGGUAAUUUAUUGGCUCCUCCUCCUCCAGCAUUCAAUGCUCCUCAGGGUUUAGGGUGGUCCCAAGUACCCAGGGGUCAGCCCACAUUCACUAAGAAAAAGAAGACUAUCCGUCUGUUCUGGAAUGAAGUCCGGCCUUUUGAGUGGCCAUGUAAGAACAACCGCCGUUGCAGAGAAUUCCUGUGGUCAAAACUGGAACCCAUUAAGGUGGAUACUUCUAGACUGGAGCAUCUGUUUGAGUCUAAAUCCAAGGAACUGUCUGUCACAAAGAAAACUGCUGCAGAUGGAAAAAGGCAGGAGAUCAUUGUUCUAGAUUCUAAGAGGAGCAACGCCAUCAAUAUUGGUCUGACAGUGCUGCCCCCUCCAAGAACGAUCAAGAUUGCCAUUUUAAAUUUUGAUGAAUAUGCCUUAAACAAAGAGGGAAUUGAGAAAAUUCUAACCAUGAUUCCCACUGAAGAGGAAAAGCAGAAGAUCCAGGAAGCUCAGCUGGCCAACCCAGAGGUGCCGUUGGGCAGCGCCGAGCAGUUCCUCCUCACGCUCUCCUCUAUCAGCGAGCUCUCUGCUCGGCUCCACCUCUGGGCAUUCAAAAUGGACUAUGAAACCACAGAAAAGGAAGUAGCAGAACCACUUUUGGACCUGAAGGAAGGAAUAGACCAGUUGGAGAACAAUAAAACCUUGGGCUUUAUCCUAUCUACUCUUCUAGCCAUUGGGAACUUUCUAAAUGGAACUAAUGCCAAAGCGUUUGAGUUAAGCUACCUCGAGAAGGUUCCGGAAGUCAAAGACACAGUGCAUAAGCAGUCACUUCUCCAUCACGUGUGCACCAUGGUGGUGGAAAACUUCCCAGACAGCUCUGAUCUGUACUCAGAGAUUGGGGCCAUCACUAGGUCAGCCAAGGUUGACUUUGAUCAACUUCAGGAUAAUUUAUGUCAGAUGGAGAGAAGAUGCAAAGCUUCAUGGGAUCACCUCAAGGCAAUUGCAAAACAUGAAAUGAAACCAGUUUUAAAGCAACGAAUGUCCGAGUUCCUAAAAGACUGUGCAGAGCGAAUUAUAAUUUUAAAGAUUGUGCAUAGAAGAAUAAUUAACAGAUUCCACUCCUUCUUGCUUUUUAUGGGCCAUCCACCUUAUGCAAUUCGAGAAGUGAACAUCAACAAAUUCUGCAGGACCAUUAGUGAAUUUGCACUAGAGUAUCGCACCACGAGAGAAAGGGUUUUGCAACAGAAGCAGAAACGAGCCAACCACAGAGAGAGAAAUAAGACCCGAGGAAAGAUGAUCACUGAUACUGAUGACGAGGAUGAAGUUGAGUCAGGCAAGUUCUCCAGCAGUUCUCCAGCACCACCGAGCCAGCUGCAGGGUCUGAGCUAUGCUGAGGAUGCAGCUGAACACGAGAACAUGAAGGCUGUGCUAAAGACCUCCUCCCCCUCCGUGGAGGACUCCAGCCCUGCUCUGGGCAUCCGCACACGCAGCCGAGCAAGCAGAGGAUCCACUAGUUCAUGGACCAUGGGAACUGAUGACUCAUCUAAUGUCACAGAUGAUGCAGCUGAUGAGAUCAUGGACCGCAUCGUCAAGUCGGCCACCCAAGUGCCCAGUCAGCGAGUGGUGCCGAGGGAGAGGAAGCGAUCUCGGGCCAACCGCAAAUCUUUGCGAAGGACCCUGAAGAGUGGCCUGACUCCAGAAGAGGCCAGAGCCCUGGGCCUGGUUGGGACUUCUGAGUUGCAGCUGUGAUCCUCGGGGCACCUGUAGGAGUGUGCUGAGCAGAAGACCGCUCUGACUGGACAGAAGCCCACUGUGGGGUGGAGGAGAUUUGCCCCUAACACCCGAUGGUUCUAAAAGGAAGCAUUCACCUGUUGCCCUGUGGCUUUUGUUGCCCACUACACAUUGACAUAGAUCUCCAGAGAUCUCCUGCACGAACGUUUUUUCAUCGUGUCAUCUGUGUUUCUCUUCUUUUCUUAACACCUGGUUUGUUAGUUUCAAAGUGUGAUACUUUUUCCGGGCAAAGAAUGGCCCUUUUAAGGAACAAAUCACUUCUGUCACAGUUAUGAUAAUAUGAGGCAAUUUGAUUAGAUUCACAUACUGGGUCUCUAUGACAUGAAAAUAUCCAGAUGUAAACUCCAAUCUUGUACUUAAAAGAAAGCACAGAUUGUUUACCAGUUGUGGAUUUUAGAUGUACUAAAUAUUUAUACAAAUUCAUAAAUGUACACCAUGUUUCAAAUACUAAAUAAAUAGAGUUUAAAGCC